GCUAUGUUUUGGCUCUCUGAAUGGGCCAUCCCUGGGUGUGGUGCAGUUCUGAGUCGGAGUCAGAGGACAGUGACUUGCAGUCUCUUCUCAGCUGGCAUUCAAGUUUGGAUCUGGAAGUGGGAAACUGGAGGGAUUCCGAAGAGGUGGCUAUAGGGAAGCCAGAGGAAAGCAGCCAAGAGACAGACAGCAGGCUGGAGUUCAGUGAUCCUCUCUGGGAGGAGGAUGAUAGUGAAGACUUCCAAAAGGCAGAGAGGCAAUAUGAAGAUGACAGUCUUCUCCAGUUCUUCUCAGAGAUAACCCAGUUGCUGGAACCUCUCCGCGUCAGCUGCACAGAUUCAGCAGAGACUCAAUGGGAUUGUUCUGGCUCUGGGAAGCAGGAUGAUGGGGGAGAUCUAAGAUGCCAGGAAGAGACCACCAGGACAGUUGUCUCAAGAGCAGAGGAAAGUCAGCCACAUGUCCUGGCAGAAGAUGAAAAAGAACACUUCUCAGGAAGAGAGGACAAGACUCAAGAGGCACCUGGAGAAAAAACUCUGUGUGAACCAGAUUCACAGGAGAUUAACCAAGCCCAGGAUCAAGAUGAUAGCAACUGCACUUCUGCAGACCCCAUGUUGGGCUCCACAAGCCCUGCCAACCCACAGCUGAUGCAGUUGAGCUGGGAUAACCCCAUGCAGCAUUCUCAUUUCAAAAGAACUGUCCUGUCCAUCUGGAAGAUGAUAGCCAGUCAUAGAUGCAGUGGCCCAUUCCUGAAGGCAGUGUCAGACAAACAAGCUCCUGGAUACAGUGAGGUGGUGAAGAGGCCCAUGGACCUGACCAGCAUCAAGAGGGGUCUGGCCAAGGGCCACAUCCGUUCCUUGGCGCAAUUCCAGUGCAGCCUGAUGCUCAUGUUCCAGAACGCCAUCAUGUAUAACGCCGCCAACCACCACGUGCACCGCAUGGCGCUGGAGAUGCGCCGCGAGGUGCUGGAGCAGAUGCAGAUGCUGGGCGAGGCCCUGCUCCGCUCGGAGCACCGCAGGUAG